GUUCCGCGUCCUGAGCAGCUGUUUGGUUUCUCUCUGUUGCCGCCUGUUAAUUKUUCGUGUUUUUCCCACCAGAGAACGACAGACCCAGCUCUCUGGGGUCAGAGGUCAUCGACUUCAAUGUUCCUCUCACCACCACCUACAUGAAGCAGAUGAAGCUGCACUUCCUCAACAGCAGCAGCAGCAGCAACAACAACAAGGAUGACAGUUCACUGAGCAGUGAGGAGGAGGCAGAGAUGAGCGAGCCCACGUGGCUAGCAGCUGACCUGGGCGCGGUGUCGGACCUGAGCCCGGCCAGCCGCACGGAGAGGAUCCGCCACAGUCCCCAGAACAUCCACAGCAAGGACGACGACGAUGAUUCGUCGUCAGAAAGCGGCAGCGGUAACGGCCUACCUGCCCUGACUCCACCCUCCUCUGCUGUGACGGACGGCGCCAUCGUCAGGGAAACGGAGGUCGUCAACGGCGGCGGCGGCUCGGCGCCGCUGGACUUCAGCAGGCCGACCUCUUCCUCCUCGUCGUCGGAGGACCAGCAGGCGGGGAACCUGAGCGAGCGCCUGCCGCUGCCCACCUCACACCUUCCCAUCACCGUGUCGGCCGCCGCCGCCGCGCUGCUCGGCGCGCUGCACCCCAACGCGCCCGAGGAGCUGCGCAGGAAGUACCCGCUGGCCGCCAAGCCGCCGCAUUCGGCGCUGCCGCACAGCGCACACACACCGACGCACGCCGCCGCCGAGCUGCGACUGGACCGGGACGGCCGGGACUACGGCAACAAGAACAAACUUUAUGGCCCCAUUUUAGCCCCCGCCGAAGACCUCACCAUGGGGCGCCACGGCAACCAGGUCGCCCCCGACGAUGACGACGACGACCACGACGACCAUGACGACAACGACAAGAUCAACGACACGGAGGGCGUCGACCCUGAGAGACUAAAGGCCUUCAAUAUGUUUGUUCGCCUGUUUGUGGAUGAGAACCUGGACCGAAUGGUUCCGAUCUCCAAGCAGCCCAAGGAGAAGAUCCAAGCCAUCAUCGAGUCCUGCAGCAGACAAUUCCCAGAAUUCCAGGAACGCGCCCGCAAGCGCAUUCGCACCUACCUCAAAUCCUGCCGACGCAUGAAGAAGAACGGCAUGGAGACCCGCCCGACUCCACCUCACCUGACCUCGGCCAUGGCGGAAAACAUCCUGGCCGCCGCCUGCGAGAGCGAAUCCCGCAACGCCGCCAAGAGGAUGCGCCUCGAAGCUUUUCACGAUGAGCAGGUGAGCCUGGAAAAGCCGUCCGGCGGCGCCGCCCUGAGGGACCCCGUGUCCCUCGCUCACUCUGCCUACUCCUUGGCUGCAUCAGCCUUCCCCUCCCAGGACUCGCAGCUCUACAUCAACGGGGCCGGCCUCAGCUACGGUUACCGUGGUUACCCGGGCCUGAGCGCCGCCAUUCAGCACCCCGUCUCCCUGACGACCGGCGCCGCCACUCAGAGCAACGGUGAGCGAGAGACGAAGCUGGGAGGACGAUGAGGAUGAUGGGAUUCCAUGUCUGAAACUGGGUUACACAUCACUGAAGYGAUUAAUCGUGAUUAAUCGAUUAUUGAUUAUUAUUARUCUGGAGUUUUAGUGCCAUCUKGACCCAAAUAAUCCAGAAUCAUCUGUGAUGGAGCAGCGGAGAGUAGGAAAAACAGCAUCACUGUGCUUCAGUGAUCAAUCGGGUUAAUCAAGUWAUAAUCGAUUAAUCGUUAAAUGGAGAWUACAGAGAAAACCUGGA